UAUAUGUAUAAAACACAGAUGCUUCCAAUAUACUCACUCAAACACAAAAUACAAAGAUAAUACUUAAUUCAUGGUCGUCUUCUGUAUUGUAGAAAAAAAGAGGGAGAGAAAUAGACCAUUUUGCUGUUUUACACAAACUGUUACCAUUUUUUUAGUAUUGUAUAUGCUUUUAAAAAGAGUAGAUAAUUGAUUAUUUAAAAACGCCAAAAUUACAUAUGUUGUCCUUGAUAGUUUAUUCAAUUUUACAUUAGUACUAUAUAUAACUUUAAAAAUUUCAGUUUCGAACUCUUAAUAGUAAUUUGUUUAUCUAAAAUAUAAUAGAAGAUUGGAAUAUGCAAUUUUACAUGACUUUCUAAAAUAAGCAUCUGUUCUCGACCCAGUUUUUGGUCUUUUUAAAACCUGCAUACACAUCCAAUGUUUCACUGAAUCAGAAAGUAUAGUUAUUGAAGGAAUAUUUCGCUUCAACUUGUAAAGUAUCUGCCCGACCUACCAGUUAUUAAAAUUGGGUUAGGCUUUACGUUCAGGACAAUUCGUUUGUUAACGUCGCGUAGCAGAUUCAUAGCAUCCAUAUCAAUCUGUCAAUCUACUAAUCUACAUUUCUAUUCAACAAAAGUUAACUCACUUGCUAUGAAAGGUAUCCGAGUCGAAGAGUUUGGAGAUCCAUCCGUACUAAAUUACGUUACGGACUUAGAGAUACCAAAACCAACUGGUAGCCAAGUUCUUGUUCGGAUCAAAGCAGUUGGCAUAAAUCCUGUUGAGACAUACAUUCGCAGUGGCACAUAUGCCAGGAAACCCGAUUUGCCUUAUACUCCUGGAACUGAUAGUGCCGGUAUUGUUGAAUCAGUAGGAAAUACUGUAGCAGUAUUAAAACCUGGACAAAGAGUAUACACAACAGCUUCUCUAACUGGUACCUACGCUGAAUAUUGUUUAGUCGAAGAGAAUCAUGUAUAUCCUCUACCUGAAAAUAUCACUUUUGAGCAAGGUGCUUGUUUAUCAAUACCUUACUAUACUGCUCAUAGAGCAAUUUUUCUCAAGGGCGGAGCUAAGCCUGGUCAAAAUAUUUUUAUUCAUGGAGCAAGCGGCGCAGUGGGAUUAGCUGCGUGUCAAAUGGCAGCUGCAAAUGGCCUUAAAGUAUUCGGUACCGCAGGAACUGAAGAAGGAAUUAAAAUAGUCAAACAGAACGGCGCCAUUGAGUGUUUUAAUCAUAGAAAAGAAAAUUAUAUGGAGGAUUUAAUGAAAGCAACCGGUGGCAGAGGAUUCAAUAUCAUCGUUGAAAUGCUUGCAAAUGUGAAUCUUGUAGCGGAUACAACAGUUUUAACAGACGAUGGAAUAAUUCUUAUUGUUGGGAAUCGAGGUAGUUUAGAGUUCAAUCCAAGAUGUUUAAUGCCAAAAGAACUAGCAAUUCGAGGAAUUGCUUUAGCCCAUGGAUCUUUGGUUAGUAAAUUCUUAAAUUAAAUCAAUUUACUAGCUUUCGCUAAUAUUUUAUAAUAUUCGUGUAAUUGUAGGAUGAAAAGAAGGAGGCUGCUAAGUUUUUGGAUGAAGGAAUGAGAAAAAAUUUGCUAAAUCCAAUUGUUUAUAAGACCUUUAAUUUGAAAGAUACUGCAAAAGCUCAUAUUGAAGUUAUAGAACACUCUGGAGGGAGCAAAGGAAAUAUCGUUGUUCAAAUUGAUUGAUUAGAAUAACAAAUAUAUUUUAAUAUUAUUUUUGAUCAGUUUGCUUUUAUUCUUCAUAAAUAAAUAUCUCUGAAAUUG